AUGCUCGCAUGGCUACUGCUCCUCGCGACACAGUGCUUCGUGGCCUCAGGGUGGCCUUUGUCGGCUCCUCGGAACGAAACGAAGACUCUUUUCCGCCGAGAAUGUGACUACAAGCCGGGUUCGAGUACCGACUUCGACUGCGACUUCACUCUGCCCACAGUCGAUCAGAUCAUAGCACAUCUGCGAGAUACUGCCCACGGCGGUCUCGCUGACGACCAACACUCAGCAGUCUUUUACACCAACUUGGCAUAUCCUCAAGGACAGUGGAACGCCGAGCAAAUGACUUGGGUACAUACUUGGCUCAAAGCAAGUGAGAUGACUGACAAAGUAUACUGGCUUCAGGGCGGCAUCGACUAUACAUGGUUUAAGAAGCAGACCUAA